GCCUACACUGCGAGCAAAGGGCCCGCGGCAUCCAGAGUUGCGCAGAGGAGAGAGAGAGAGAGAGGAGAGAGAGUGGCUGACUCGGGUUUCAGAGAGACGCGCACUGACGGCUGACCCUGUGGCACACUGCGGGAUCGCUCAGAGGAGAAGCAGCGAAUGGGACAGACGGAGCGGAACGCAAGAGGAAUAAGAGUCCGUCCCUGUGAACCAGCAACAUCACUGACUGACUGCUCACAAUCUACGCAAUGACUCGCAUUCUAAAUGAGAUGCAGUUGCUCAUCUGAGUGCAACAAAGUUGUAGUUUAGAGACAGUUUAAAGAAGAAAAUAGACAUCUGCUAAACUUUUUUCCCCCCCAACAGCCUGUCACAAGCUCCAGCGUUGCAGGUUCCCAGGUUGUCAGGAUCCCUCUUCUGCUGCUCUUCACCUGAUGCGUAUAGGGAUUUCCGAGUGGAUAAAAACCAGAGUUACGCGUCUAAAAUGGAUGAGAAUCAGAAGUGGGGAGUCGCUGGUAAACCGGGUGACACAGCGGCUUCCAAGCAACCGCUGUGGAGGAACUGGAGGGAUAUGUCUGCAGUAACGAUUUGCAUCACAAUGUCUGUUCUGUGCCUGGGAGUUUGCAGCGUGGUUUGCGUGCGGAGCUCGGAGCUGCAGAGCCGGAUAGUAAGUCUGGAGCAGCAGCAGCGGGGCGCGUGGAUGUUGUCUCUGGAGCAGGUGGAGCCCGUUAUCCUGGGCCGGCUGGACCAGAUCCUGGACGAGAAGCUUGCAGCGCGACUACCGAAGACCCGAGAGGCGAGGGAGGCUCCCCACAGCUGCCUGUGCCCCCCAGGACCUCCAGGUCCUCCUGGACGGGCAGGCUUUCCGGGUGACAAAGGAAGUAUGGGGAUUCCUGGGAGAAUGGGCUUAAAAGGACAAGCAGGGGAGAAGGGAGCACCAGGCGAGCCAGGUCUGUCUAUCAUUGGACCAAGAGGACCUCCUGGACAACCUGGAACAAGAGGAUUCCCAGGCUUCCCAGGUCCAAUUGGCUUGGAUGGCAAAUCUGGACAGAGUGGACCGAAGGGAGACAUGGGGCAGCGUGGUGCUAAAGGAAUCCCAGGGGAACCUGGACCCAAAGGGGAAAAGGGCGUAUGUGGAGACUACACACACCGGGGCCUCUUUGUGCAGGAUCUUCCUCUGAAAACCCUGGCUGCCUUGCGCUCCAGUCAGGCUCUGAUGUUGAAGCAGGGCGAGCCUGGAGCGCAGGGACCCCCAGGACCUCCAGGACCCCCAGGACUCCCAGGGACCCCAGGCCUGAAUGGAGCCACUGGCCCAAUGGGUAAGCCUGGUGAACCAGGCAAACCAGGAAAAGACCCAAGGCUUUUACCAGGCAUGAAGGGUGAGCCAGGUGUACCAGGACAAAAGGGGGAUCGAGGUGAUAUUGGCCCUCUAGGUCCUGAAGGCUCAAAGGGAGAUAUGGGAGACCAAGGAAUUAAGGGAGAUGAAGGAAAGAGAGGUUUCCCAGGAGAGAGGGGAGAGAAGGGAGAACCAGGUUUCAUGGGCGCUCCUGGGUUAAAGGGCCAGGCUGGCAUCCCUGGCAUCCCUGGCAUCCCUGGCAAGAGGGGCUACAGGGGUGAGAAAGGAGAUCCGAGCAUUGCAGCCCAGGGAAUUAAAGGAGAACCAGGUUCACCAGGACUUCCAGGCCUAAUGGGACCUAAGGGUGACACAGGCGACAAGGGAGAGAAGGGGGAAGCAGGCCUUGAAGGCCCAGCUGGACCAAGAGGUCCUGCAGGCCCAACUGGGGAGCCAGGAAAGGCUGAAAUCCAAAACAAUGAAAAUGAUAUUCGCAACAUACCAAUGAUGGGCCCACCUGGAUUACCUGGACCUCCAGGGACCCCGGGACUCCCUGGUACCAAGGGUGAAGUUGGUCUGCCAGGUGCUCCAGGGCUGGACGGAGAGAAGGGACCCAGGGGAAAGCCUGGAGAGCCUGGUCCUGCAGGCCCAGCCGGUCCUGAAGGCCCCAGAGGGGAAAGUGGUGUCAUGGGCUUUGCGGGACCCAAAGGAGACAAGGGAGACAUGGGUCCAUCUGGAUCACCUGGUUUAGAUGGCCCUACUGGUGAAAAGGGGGCUUCAGGGGCCCCUGGCCCUAUUGGAUUACCUGGCUCAAUGGGCCUAAAAGGUGCACCUGGAGAUGGUGGAAGGUCGGAAAUGAUCUAUGGGCCUCCAGGGCCCCCAGGACCUCCAGGACCAGUUGGCCCAGCAGGAGCUCAAGGAUUUUCAGGGCCUAAGGGAGAACCAGGCAUAGGCAUUAGAGGAGAAAAGGGAGCGACGGGUCAGAAGGGCGACAAGGGAGACAGAGGCCAUCUUGGACUUCCUGGGGCUCAUGGGUUAGACGGCAGACCGGGUCCAGUGGGUCUAAUAGGACCAUCAGGUGUGUCAGGGCCAGCAGGACCAAAGGGAGAGAGAGGUGAAAAGGGAGAUGCAGGAUUACCAGGACCAAUCGGGCCUCAAGGCAUCCCUGGUUUAGUAGGACCACAAGGACUCAAAGGAAACCGGGGAGAGAGGGGCAAGAAAGGCAACAGGGGGGCCAAAGGGGAUAAGGGAGACCAAGGAGCACCUGGAUUAGAUGCCCCCUGUCCGUUGGGAGACGAUGGCUUACCUGUACCAGGAUGUUGGAAUAAAGGUCAACAUCCUUUCCAACUGGCUAAGAAGUAGGACUACUAGAGACUGUCUCCAUGACGCCACAGAAAGCAGAAAGGGAACUUGAAGACAUUAGGAGAUAUCUUUGAGUUUUUACCCAAACCUGGAGUUGGCAUUUCAACAUUUUUUCCAGGAGGCCGGACACAGGGCCAGUAAUGUCCGAGGCUCCGGUGGCAGUGGUGAGCACAUUCACUUCAAUAAGUCUGGGGAGUAGAGGCGUUGCACCAUCCUUAAGUUAGUUAUUGAAGGCUCUGUGGACAGGACAGCCAUCGCAGCCACAGGGAGAUACUGUACCUACCCAUGUGUUUCUUUGACUGCAUACACUUUGAUCUAUUUAACUCCCGGUGAAAGCGAGGCAUGGACACUUUAGCACAUGCUAUUUGUUGUGUUUGACGUGACAUCGAUACUGUAACUGUGAUAAAGAAUUCAGAGCAGCUCACAGAGCAGGUGGAUGUCAUGUGUUUCCAAGAAAUAACAAAGGGAGACCCUCUUGAUGAUUCCUUCUUGAUAUUAUCUCACUCACUGCCUUUUUCAACAAUCCCUUUACAUGCAGCUAUGACAUUUUGUUUGAAUGAUUGUGCUGUAUAGGAAAUACUUUGAAACCAGCAUCACACAUCAUGCCUGGUCACAUAUAUAAUAUUCUUUUCUUUUUGUAUGUAUUGAGGUGUUAAAGGACACCAUGAUUUAAUGCUGUAAUUGUAAGUAUUGUACAAUAUAAGACAAAGGAUUGUAUGUAUAAAAGUAAUCAUUUUUUGUAAAUAGAUUGCAUUGAUGAAACAUGAUUUUACAUACAGAGUAAGCAUAAAGAUUCUCAAAGGGCAGUAUUUAUUUGCUGAUUAUGUAGGCUACACGUUUGACAAUUGUCAACUAUUUUCACAUUUGCAUGCUCCACUUAUUCAGUCUCUACCACAUGCAAUAAAAUAGGCUAUUGCAUGUAAAUACAGUAUUUUUUUUUUGUGACUCCAAAAAAUUUCAAAUUAGUCUUUUUAUUGUUUUAUCACUCUGAAUAUGAAUAUUUAGUAAAAUAAUGAAACAAAACAAAGCACAGAAACAAAAAAACACUAUAAUUUCACAGCUGUAACUGUACAUGCAAAUAAUC